AUGAAGACAUGGGAGGUGGGGGAGGCAGGGACCUCGCGUAGGCAACCACGUGGCGGUGUUAGUGGGAAGCGGAGGAAAGGGGAGGUGGAGGGCACAGAACGGGGCGGAGGGAGGCGAUUCGGCAGGGAGGGAUGCAAGGGCAUCGACAAGAGGAGGCAUUGGCGGGAAGAAGUCGGAGAUGGGAGAGAAGAGGCAUCAGAGAGGCAGUAG